AUGAUGGAUUCACCACAUAAGGCAAACCCAUCAAAGGCAAGGCCUCAUGGGAAAGAUGGUGAAGAUUCGGGAUACUGCCUAUCCCACUCUACUUGGAUGGAUAAUGAUUCCCAAAAUGUGCCCAAACAAGACUCGAGAGAGCAAUCGAAAGCUUCUUCACACCACCAUCACCACCGGCAUAGUGGUGAUUCUUCUAUGAACAACCAUGCAAUCUCACAACACCCUUUGUCGCCACAAUACAAUGGUCUACGGUCCUCUCUUCCACCUCCAUCUCCAUCCCCGCCACCAAACCCUUUCCCAUAUCACCAUCCUGAACUGCCCUAUCCUUCUUUUGGGGAAGCUACUUCCCAGGGAAACCCGGCCGCUGAAGAAGCUAACGAAAUCGAGCUUGAGAGAAACGUCGACAGCACAACUGCCGCCAUGCUUGUCCAAAUCCCCAUGGACAUGCAGCUUACAUCACACCAAAUCAAGAUACUCCAAAAGGCGGAACGAUUACCCCCAAUACGUACAAGCACUCUCAGUGAGCUUGACUUGAACCACAUCAUGAGGAAUAUCAACUUGAGGAUAGAUGUCAACUUUGAUCGUGAACUUCAUUUUCAACCUAUUGCAGGUGAGAAAGGCCACGAGAAGCGAAAGUUGGCGGAAGCUUAUUGGGAGGCAAUAGCACUGGAAAUCUCUGUGCAUAGCCAUCAUCCCACCAGCAGAAAGCAAAAGUCUGUCGAUUCAUGGGGACACAAGCGAACAACCAGCGACUCAGUGGGAGCUUUUGAGCCACGCUUACCGGCUAUGCUUGAGACCUUAAAGGAUGUCGUAAGCAGUCUAGUUCCGGAAAGAGAUCAACAAAGCGUCAUGCAAAAUCUAGAUGUUCCAUUUCUUUUGCAACAAGUGCAUAAAGGUGUACUGGAUAUGGUCAAUCUUACGAAAUGGCUUGCCACAUUGUUGAAAACCCACUGCGCACCAAUGAGAGAUCCAUGGGCUGAUAGAAUGGUCGCCGAGAUUAGCGAAGGCUGUGAAACUGGUAAUAUAUACAAAAUGGUGGAGGGGCUCAGAACGAUGUUUGGGACGCUAGAGUCUAUGAAAUUGGAUGUCGCGAAUCAUCAGAUACGAGCAUUCAGGGUGAUUUUAAUAGACGACACUGUCCGAUUCCUACAAAGCGACUUGAAGAAAAGAAUAGCAGCAAAUGCUAUAGACAUUCAACGGGCAAGGAGAUGGUAUCUUAACCUUGGCCACCAACCGCUCUCCAAAUCUCCAUAUUUACAACACGAACUAAGAGGAAGCUAUGCUCCCAUCACUCCCCUCUUCAUCGGCCUUUUUUCUUUCCUGAUGCCAUUUGAACAUCCAAAGAGACUUGAGGACAUAUUUGAAUUUGAGGCCGAUAGACUUUGGUUUAUACGGGCUGAUAUACAGGACCUGAUAGGGCUUAAAAUAUGUUCUCGCGUGUUUGAAAUAGUUGCGAAAGAGCAGGGUCGGCAUAGGCAUAGUCCUUACUACCAGCAGGCAAAAGCUGCACUCCCAUCUCGCAUUUGCAGCAUCCUCGACAACUGCUCUGAUGGUAUGUCUGCUGGAUUCAAUGCCCGCCAUGUCAACACCAACUCUCCAACUACCAAUCAUAAAUGGAAAAACAACAUGGGCUUGGUCACGCUAGAGAUUGCACAAUGUAUUUGUUCUCUGGAAGGUUACAGCAAGAGCAAUACAUUUCCCGACAGAAAGACUUUGGAGUACGUUGAGAAAUGCCUCGACUCUUUCUUUUCGUCUCCAACUGGUCAAUUUCGCGAAUUCAACCUGUCGGUUCAGGGGGAACUUGAGGAGGCCACUUUUGGAUAUGUCAAAAGAUACUUAACCAUGACCCCCCUCGAGAUAUCCGAAGACCAACGCCCUAGAGAAUACCCGGAGUCAACGAAAUAUGCCUACCCUCAGAGACUGCUACCAGAUGUCGAUGGCAUAGCCAAACGUUUAGCUCAUGUUGGGGUCCUACACUGGAGAGUAUGGGCUCCAGUAUUAUACCUACGUGAGGGCCCUGGGAUAGCAUUUGCUCCUGGAAGCAAUAUCAGUACAAUGUACGCGACGGAGUGA